CGGCAGCGGCAGCGGCAGCGGCGGGAGCUUAGUUGAUCGGCGGGUGUCGGGGCCGAGCUGUCUCUUGAGAAGACGCGGCCUAGGGCGGCAGCAGCAGCAGCAGCAGCAGCAGCAGCAACAACCAGCGCGGCGAGGCCGUGGAGAGGGUCGAGCCGCCGUCCUAGGCUCAGCAUGGAGAUGGAGAAAGAAUUCGAGCAGAUCGACAAGGCCGGGAGCUGGCAGGCCAUUUACCAGGAUAUCCGACACGAAACCAGUGACUUCCCAUGUCGAGUGGCCAAACUUCCCAAGAACAAAAACCGAAACAGGUACAGAGAUGUCAGCCCCUUUGACCACAGUCGGGUUAGGCUGCAUCAAGAGGACAAUGACUACAUCAAUGCUAGCUUGAUCCAAAUGGAAGAAGCCCAGAGAAGUUACAUUCUUACUCAGGGGCCUCUGCCCAACACAUGUGGACACUUCUGGGAGAUGGUGUGGGAGCAGAAGAGCAGGGGCGUAGUCAUGCUCAAUCGGGUGAUGGAGAAAGGCUCGUUAAAGUGUGCACAGUACUGGCCCCAAAAGGAAGAGAAAGAAAUGAUCUUUGAAGACACCAACUUGAAACUGACACUGGUCUCCGAAGAUGUCAAGUCCUACUACACAGUGCGGCAGCUGGAGUUGGAAAACCUGACGACUCGGGAAACUCGCGAGAUCUUACAUUUCCACUAUACCACAUGGCCCGACUUCGGAGUCCCCGAAUCACCAGCCUCAUUCCUAAACUUCCUUUUCAAAGUCCGUGAGUCUGGAUCCCUGAGCCAGGAGUACGGCCCCAUCGUGGUGCACUGCAGCGCAGGCAUCGGCAGGUCGGGAACCUUUUGUCUGGCCGACACCUGCCUCCUGCUGAUGGACAGAAGGAAAGACCCUUCAUCUGUAGACAUCAGGAAGGUUCUGUUGGAAAUGAGGAAGUUCCGAAUGGGGCUGAUCCAGACUGCGGACCAGCUCCGCUUCUCCUACUUGGCUGUGAUUGAAGGUGCCAAAUUCAUCAUGGGAGAUGCCUCUGUGCAGGAGCAGUGGAAGGAGCUCUCUCAUGAGGACCUGGAGCCCCCGCCUCAGCAUGCGCCCCCUCCUCCCCGGCCACCCAAACGCAUCCCGGAGCCAAACGGCAGAUACAAGGAGCUCUACCCAAACCACCAGUGUGUAAAGGACGAGCCUGAGGACCGAGUGGACGGCCCCCUCGAGGAGGAAACCAGAAUCCCCCAAAACUUCUCCCCUAGCGUGGAAAGCUUGAGUCACGACACUGAAGUCCGAAGGCGGGUCGUGGGGAGCGAGUGCGCUUCAGAGGAGCCUUCGGCCACCCCGGAGGAGCAGGAGCAGGCGGCGGUUCCCUGGAGGCCCUUCCUGGUGCACAUGUGCGUGGCUGCGAUGCUCUCGGCUGGCACCUACCUCUGCUACCGGGUGUGCUUCCACUGAGGACGGACAAGACCGAGUGCGGGCACAGCUCUGGUGACAGCCCAGCCGCAGCAUCAGCGCUGCAAGGAUCUGAGCCAGUCUCAGAAGCGGCAGCUCCAGGGCAAAAGGCAGGACUGCGAAGGGCUAGCGGAGGGGACGCGAUUGACACGGGGGAGUGCCCUGCGGUCCCAGGACACACGUGAGACUGAUCUCAGGGCCUCACCUUUCAGGUUGAGUAGGGACAAUGCCAAAUACAUCUCUGUCUCGCCUUUUAUUCUUUCUUUCCUCUUCUCUCUGUCUCUUUAUGGU